GCCUUUGAAGUUAUUCAUGCACUUUUUUGUAUUGUGUUUGUCAGCCAUAACCAUCGCAACAUAUACGGUGACAUCUGGUCAUAUUUAAGUUAAAAAUAUUUCAUAACUUCAGCGAAAACGAGCAGAAGUAUAAAAAUAAGAUAGCGCUCGAAGUUAAAAGAAAUAGCAAAAGAAGAGGAGGAUAACGAAUACCAAUUGCCGCUUCGAGCCUCGAAUGUCAGUUGAAUUUCGAAUCGGCAGCGAGUCACCAUCACGGCAACAACAAUUGGCUCAACACUAACAAAAAGCAGGAACAACCACAGUAAGCAGCCGAAAAAGAAGCAUAAAAGAACGGAUAAACACUUGGGAACGAGCAACAAUUCAGCGAGUGAAUAAUUCCGCCGGAUCACCGCGCGUCGCGCAGCUGUUUAUAUCGACUACGUUGCUGUUGUCGUUGCUUACAAAGCCAUAUACAACCGCUGCCAAAGCAGCACAGUCGAGCUUAGUGAGUGAGUAAUCGUCGCAACGGCAAAAAAUCUUUAGUGAAACCCCCACGCUGAGGUGUUGAAACGAAUUAAUUCCAAUAGAAACAACAGUUAAAAGUAGGUAAAUCAAAGAAUAUUUUAGUAGUAAGUUUCAUAAACAAGAAAUAAAAUAUCGGAAAACGAAUUGAAGUGGUGGACGGAAAAUUCGUCAAGUAUCAGUAAGUGCCCUUCCGUUUGCAGUCAGCCAACGCAUAAGAAAAGCCAUAAAAAAUAAGCAGUAAAAAAACACUCGUCUACAUUGAAAAGUGAACACCACAGCCCUAAACGGGGAAAAGCAAAAGCAAAUCAUUAAGCGUAUUGAAGCUGCACAGCCGCAGAAGUGGAUAAUUUUAAACUCCCACAAUGGAAUACAUCUCAGUUGGUCAAAGCGUCAAAAUUAAGCGCACAGAUGGCCGUGUGCACGCCGCAGUAGUGUCGAAAAUUAACGAGUCGGGUAAAUCGAUCACGGUAGAAUGGUACGAACGUGGCGAAACAAAAGGCAAGGAAGUUGAAUUAGACGCUAUACUUGCGUUGAAUCCGGAAAUUUUACAAGACCCCGAACCGGAACAAAAUGCCGCACCCGAACCAAAAAAGCAAGCGACAGCUCCCAUAAACCUGGCACGCAAUGCUACUCAAGGCGCUAUCGGUCAUCGCACCAAUCGUACGACCAUCAACGCCACAAAUCUUCUCUCUUCGUCUGCGGUCUCGGAACACUCGGAGAACAUACCACCGCCACCGACAACAGGUAUAGUGCGCUCGCGCACCACCAACAACGCGACACGGCUCGCCUCUGCUGCUGGCAGCGGUAGUGGUGGUGGCAGUGGCAUUGCCAUGAGUACUAGUGCCGGUAAUUCAUCUUCAAUAGCGUCCAGCUCAGUGGCAGGCAACGUGGGCGCACGUCGCUCCUAUGUUGUUAAAGAAGUCGAAAGGCUAAAGGAGAAUCGGGAGAAACGACGUGCACGGCAAGCUGAAAUUAAGGAGGAAAAAAAUGCGCUUAUGAAUCAGGACCCCGGAAAUCCCAAUUGGGAAACAGCGCAAAUGAUACGGGAAUAUCAGAGUACUUUGGAAUUUAAUCCUCUUGUUGAUGGGCAAGUGUACGAGGAUCAUCAAAUUACAGUUUGUGUACGCAAGCGACCACUUAGCCGCAAAGAGAUUACGCGCAAAGAGAUCGAUGUGAUUUCGGUGCCGCGUAAGGAUACACUCAUCGUUCAUGAACCACGCAACAAGGUCGAUCUAACGAAAUUCCUCGAAAAUCAUAAAUUCCGUUUUGAUUACGCAUUCGAUGAUCAUUGCGACAAUGCCAUGGUCUACAAGUACACUGCUAAGCCUUUAGUGCAGACAAUUUUCGAUGGCGGUAUGGCGACAUGUUUCGCAUACGGCCAAACGGGCUCGGGCAAAACACACACAAUGGGCGGUGAAUUUAACGGCAAGGUUCAGGACUGUAAGAAUGGCAUUUAUGCAAUGGCCGCACGCGACGUUUUCACUUAUUUGAAAAGUGCGCGAUAUCGUACGCUCAAUUUGGUUGUGUCCGCCAGCUUCUUUGAGAUCUACAGUGGAAAGGUCUUUGACUUACUCUCAGAAAAGCAAAAAUUGCGCGUACUCGAAGAUGGUAAGCAACAAGUCCAGGUGGUUGGCUUGACUGAAAAGGUCGUGGAUAGCGUCGAAGAAGUGCUCAAACUCAUUCAACAUGGCAAUACGGCGCGUACCUCUGGGCAAACGUCGGCCAACUCCAAUUCAUCGCGUUCGCAUGCAGUUUUCCAAAUAGUGUUGCGUCCGCCUGGUUCCACAAAAAUCCAUGGCAAAUUUUCAUUUAUCGAUUUGGCUGGUAAUGAACGAGGUGCUGACACAUCUUCUGCUAAUAGACAGACACGUAUGGAAGGAGCUGAAAUUAAUAAAUCGUUGCUCGCGCUUAAAGAAUGUAUACGAGCAUUGGGCAAACAAUCGGCUCACUUGCCAUUCCGCGUAUCGAAACUGACACAAGUAUUGCGUGACUCAUUUAUUGGUGAGAAGAGUAAGACGUGCAUGAUUGCAAUGAUAUCGCCAGGAUUGAGUUCGUGCGAACAUACGCUCAAUACGCUACGGUAUGCGGAUCGUGUGAAGGAGCUUGUCGUUAAGGAUAUGCCGGAUAUGAUGCGCGAAGGUGAUGGAGAGCAUGUUAUUAUGGAGGAGGACGAAGAUCAAAUGGUCGUACAGAAUAAUCGAUCGCAUAAUCACAAUGUUAAUAAUAACAAUAAUAACAACAAGAAUAAUGGACAGAUGUCGGAGAACGAUUUGGCGUUGUUGCGGUCACUAAGUGAACAUGACAUGUCAGAUGAAUUGCUCGUGCAACACGCAGCCAUUUCCGAUUUGCAACAAACCGAAGAAAUGGUAGUGGAUCAGCAUCGAUUAGUCAAUGAUUUUCUGUCACAGUUUUUGCCGGAAUCCUUGCGGUUGUAUGAUCUAACCAAUUACGUUGAUUACGAUCAGGAUGCGUACUGUAAGCAAGGGGAAGCACUUUUCACACAACUCGCUGAACUGGCAACCAGUUGUAGAGACUUGAUGGCCGAUUUUCGCGCUAAAAUGGCCAAAGAGGAAAUGUUGUCGUGCACUGUUAAACCGACUGGCGGGAAACGCUAAGCGGUGGGUAAAUGUGUAGAGAAACAUGCACCGUUUACGUAAAAAACAGAAUUCACGUAUAUAUUAAUAUAAUAGAAGACCUUUGAAAUCCAGAGAAGCGAUGCAAUAACAGCAUGACAGUGUUUAAUGAUAGCAGCAAAAAUGAAGAAAAGAUUAUAAUGUUUAACAAAAACAACAAAAAUAUGUAGACGCAACAACAGUAGCAAUUAAAUGAUUAUACUUAUAGAGAUAAAAAAUACUCCUUAAAAAUAACGCACCCACAUCACCGACACAGCAAACAAAAAAUUAACACCCUAUACCAGAAAAUCCUAACAAAAGUGAUAGGCGUUUCAAAGAUUUAUGGUGUUUGCAUACAAACAUUCGUAUCCACAUUCAUAUUGGCACCUCUACCUGCCCACCACCAGCUGUUGCUUGCCUCAGCCAUGGCAUUUUGGUGCACACGGACAUGUUUACAUGCAAGUUUUAGGUAGCUGUAGUGGAGCAAGCAUAAUUUUUUUUAAAUUUUCUUAAAAAUGUGUGUGAUUCGAAUAUGUGGUCCAUGUCUGUCAAGCUCAUGCAGACUUGUUCACUGCACUGAAUGCAUUAGUUUAAACUUAAAAACAACCAUAAAAAAAUACAAAUUUUCACAUAACAUACUUCGCACACUGUUUUCUCUUAGCUGUCGGUCACAAGUCAAAGCUAGUGCACAUCAAUUGCCCGCAUCUGGAUGCUGGUUUUCAUAACAAUUUCUGCCAUCUUCAACGCACUUUUUUCUUUCAUCUAAAUAACGCGCAUGCCCACUUCUUUCACGGCAUAUCCAUUCUAAACUCAUUCAUACCGCAUACAAAACUGUAAUGCCAUUAUAUAAUUUUCGCGCAGGUUAGCUGAUCUAUGCGCGCGCAAUUCACGAUAUGGGUUGAAGUUGGAGGCAUAUUCAUUUAAAAAUAAUUUUUCUCCUUUAACAUUUCUUAAGAUAUUUAUUAUUUUGAAUUUAAACCUUUUUAUACAUGUGAAAAAAAGCAAAAACAUAACAUAAAAACAUGAAAUUUAUGGAAAUCCAAGUAUUAUGAGUUACUUUUAGCAGUCAUCGUUUUUGUAGGACAAUUGGCGUAUGAACACUUGCAUCAAAAGACAGUAAAAAAUGUAUCAAAGAAAAUGCCAAACCCGUUAAGUUCGCAAAAAGCCACAUAUGAAGCGAUAAGAAAACAUCUGCAUAUGUGCAUACAUACCAUGGUAAAACAGAGGGCAGCGCUGCCGCUUUUCUGUCAAAUGUAACUCACUGCAUUAACCUAUACAUAAAUAUAUACAGAGGGUAUAUACGGAUGUGCGUAAAAAUCGUAGGGUCUACACCUUUGGCACAUUUUGUUGCAACUCUUUAUUUUUCUACCUUUUUGCUGCACAUGUAAGCAUUUUGUACAACGAUCCACGCGCAUAUCGUCUGCUUUAUCACCCCUCAUACAAAUUUUUCCUUCACUUUCACUGUUUUGAAAAUUAAAUACUUUGUUGCAAGACAGAAAAUUUCGUUUUGUUACACGGUGCGCUAAGCUUACCGAUUUUUAUACGCACAUUUUUUAUGCUUUAAUCUUGUUCGCCGUAUUCCUUAACUCCGACUUCCAGUUGAUUAGACGGUCAAAAGAAAU